AAAACACGGAACAAAAAUACCGUCGAACAGUCUCAGCGGUCCGUGCCUUAAAUCCUUCCCCCAUAUAUUACACGUGUGAACGACAGACGUUCAUCUAUAUCAGCAAAUAUGCCGAAGGCAGCCAAAGGGAAGGCACAGACGGAGCAGAAGGCUAUUCACCCAUACAGCAGGAAAGCUGCAUAUUUAGCAAGAGCUGCCAUCAAACAACAGAGAAAAGAAAAGUUAAAAGGCGAAAAGGCACAACGUCUAAAUGUAGUAGGUGAAAAACUUUUGUGGUUCCAAAGCCAGCUGGACCCUGACAAAUCAGACUACACUAAACACGAUGCUUGUAAAAUAGUUGAGAGGUACCUUCAGCGGUUUGAAGGAGAGUUGGAGCAGAUUGAGUUAGCGAAUAGUAUUAAAGGACGACAGGGUCGUCAGUACGCCUCAAGAGAGGCUGUCAUCAAACAAACAAUAGAGCGAGAGAGAGCUCUGUAUGAAGGCAAUGGCUUUGAAAUCCCUGAUUUCAUCAACUCUAAGCAUCUGAAAGUAUUUAGAGAGUGGACCGGUGACCUCAAGAAACUCCCCAACAUUAAAAUGACAAAGGUUUCAGCCAAAGAUACUGCACCGUCUGCAGUUUCUCAAGAUAAACACGUGGAAGAAGAGAAUAAGGAAGAUGUAUCUCUGAAUUCUGAUACGGACCUAUAGUACUGUGAAAUCCUGCAGCUUUACUAAAGUAAAGUUUACUGUAGGAAAAAGGACAUCACACUGUGUGUAAGGAAAGAAAGAACAAGACAUUGCUUGACGUUUUGUGCUACCAGAGUAUAUUAGGCCUUGUGCAGAAAUGUGUUUUUGUAAGGAAGGGGGUUACUUAGUCAUUCAGGUAACAGUAUUAUUAAUCCAUCAAUAAACAGAGACUUCAAAACAGUUUAAUACA